AUGUCUAGAAGGCUUCCUUCUUAUGUGCUACUCCUAUUAAUUACACUCAUUUACACCGUGACAGCAGCACCCCUGAAUUCAUCGGGAGACAUUGAUUCCUUCAUUCCGAGCUGUGCGGCUCAGUGCUUCAACUCAUUCCUUAAUAUCAGCUAUGCAGACCGCCCAGCGAGAACAUUGGCGGCGCUUUGCCCACGCAUCGGAGCAUAUGGAUUCACAAUCGGAGAGGCCGCGGUUCAGUGCCUUGCAGUUGAGAGGGCGGCAGGCGCUUGUUCUAAGCAGGUUGCAAGCGCAUUUUUCAUGUGUUAUGGCCAGCCUGGUGCCGUCCAGCCUACUCACUCUGUCAUCACAGCCACCCUGGCUGUGCCGCUGUUUGGCACCGGACCAAUUACAUUCCCACCGGAGACAAAGACGAGCCACACGCCUUCGAUCCCAACGGCAAUUCCAAGCCAGACGCUACCAUCUUCCCUCUCUCUUCCAACGACUCUCGUUACAGAUCCCACGUCGUUCUCUAGCUCUAGACCUUCUAGGACUGGAUCUACGAGGGGACCUACUACCAAGCCUACAACUAAACCAUCGUCGACUUCACGCAAGUCAUCGACGACGUCUCCUGCCGAGAUCCUUACGACUGAUCCUGUGGCUCCAACAUUCACCGAGACCAGCACGUCCGCAACUGAGACUAGUACUACCACGAAUGUUCCCGAUGGAGUACUUGGUGGGCAAGGAGAAAAGAAGGCUUCAGUGUCCCUCAGCACAGGACAAGUAGCUGGAAUUGCAAUUGGAUUUUUCUGUCGAUGCCUUCGCAAGAGGAGGUCUCGAUUCGGGAGAAAGAUGAGAAAAGGAGGACGACCCCUGAGGGACUCGUGGAAUUCUAAUGCAGAAAAGGGUCCUCAUGGUGGUGGAGGCACAGACUCUUGGAUCGCCAACCAACUUCGAGCGCCCCUCGAUCCAGGCCCAAUGCCCGGUCCGACAAAAUCGUGGUAUAAUAGGGCGAGCUGGAGGCCCAGUGCAAUUGGGUUGGCGAUAUCGCCUGCUAACACAAGAGACGUAACUCGCGCAACGACACCGACUUCUGCGAGGCCUUUGUCUAAGCUACUUCCAGCCAAACCGGUUAUGAAUCAGGGACCCCCGAGAUUAGAGGUAUCACUGCCCAGUCGAGAUGGAGACUCCCAUUUCGGUGCUGCAGCAAUCAUGGGAGCGGCGGCAACCGGUGCAGUAUCAGGGGCGAUAAUGAGCGGAGCAAUCGCCGCGUCCUCAUCACCAAAGCUCGCGGCUCAACCCAAGGCGCAACCUUUCACGAAGCCCAUGAUACGACCUGCAAUGCGUCAACCGGCAAUGCCCGAGCCAUCUAUUCGACCGCGGAAUCUUACCCCUCCAGGCAAGCCUCAGUCGCCUUCGCCGUUGAAGCUCAUCAUCCCCAAGACAGGAAACCUUAAGCCGUUUGUCCCUGUCGUUACGAGACACGAUAGCUCAAUUACCUCAAUUACCAGACACGAUAGCUCAACCACGGAGUUUGAAGAAGAUGGCAGGUCGUCGCUUUCACCGGGUGGCCAGAUUUGGAGGCCACCUUCGGCUGACCCGCACAAGGCGGCUCCUUACUAUGUUGCGGACAGGAGUGGUAACUGGAGGCUUGGCGACCCGGCACGAGCUCAAGAGAUUGCAGAGCUUGAGGCAUCCAUCAGCCCAUUGACUGCCGCCCCCAAGUCUGCGGCGCCCAAAUUGGUCGCUGGUCUGGGGCUGGCUACUGGUGCUGCCGGUGCUCUGGCACUUGUAAAAGCUGCAAGCCAGCGAAGGGAUAACAGAGCAGGCGAGGCAUCCAAGGCUGCUGAAGAAACCAGACAGGGUGCUCUAGGCAUCUCCAUGCCACCUGAGCAGACUAUCAGAGCCGUCGAGCCGUCGCUUUCUUCAGACGAAGAGACCCAGGAGCAGGACCUGCAGCCAUAUGCCCCACGACCUCUUUUCUCCAGCAAUGGCAAUAGCGGCAAUUACCCCCGUCGUUCGUUAACCAACCGCCGGUCUUCGACGCGAUCAUUGACUCGUCCCCGAAUCACGUCCACUGAUAGUGGCAUAACGACUAUCUCAACCUCUACAGAUGACACUGAUCUGAGAUCCCCUCCUCCGUUGGAGCAGCCAAGUAAUCUUUCGCCCGUGGUUGAGUCCCCGCGGUCUCUACGGCCCAGAAGGGGUCAGUCACCAACUCAAUACCCCAAGAUUCCAGCUAGCCUGGGUGCGGGUGCUGCAAUGCCUUACUCAGGGAAUUCGAACUCUGAUGCGGCUGCUACUAAGAGCGUAGCCGUUGCCACGGGAUAUGCUAAGCCUGCUGCCAUGGGUGAUCGUCCUGCGCAACCAAGCCCGAGCUUUGGAGCACCACUUGCUGCCGGCACCAUGUCCUCGGAUGGCAACAUGCCGAAGAACCAAGGAAAGAAGUUUAUGGGACCUCGCGCUAUGGAAUCUCCUGGUGCCAUCAGAACCGGCUCCCCCAUGAUGCGAGGAGAAGGUUCGGCGUUCAAGUCGGACGAGAGAUACUACCAGGGCCCGCGCAAUCAAGCACCUCAGCAAGCUGGUCCAGCAUCUCAACCGGGCUCCUCUUCACGGCCUUACCCCUCUCAGCAGCAGCAGCAACAGCAACAGCAGUAUCCUGCGCAAACUCACCAAAGGCGGCCGUCCAACAACAGCUCCAUCCCCUAUCGCCUCCCUCCCCACCCAACCGCCUACAGGCCCAACAUCGACUCUUCCGGCUACCCAUAUCAAACUCGCCUCCCAGAGUACAACAACCAGGGCCCUUCAACAUACAAUCUUCCCCAUCCCCCCCAGCCGAAUAGAUACCCGCAUCACCACCCGCGCAACCAUCAGCCCCCUUUUGUCCAGCAGCCCGCCGCCCGGCCCGUUUCGCAGCAUCUACAGCAACUUCAGCAGAUACAGCAAAGGCAGCAACAGCCAAGCCAACGACCUCAACAGCCGCAACCUCAACCUCAACAGCCGCAACAGCAGCAAAGGCGACCACAGCAACAAAACCUUCACCUCCAACCCCUCGCCCCAUCAUACUACCCAGACGCCCUCCCCCCAACCGCCCCCCUCACCGGCAACUCCAUGGCAACAACUACGAGCGCCCACUCUGCCGACUCACAGACCUCAUCCCUCCUCGCCAAACGCCUCGGCACCUCCCGCGCCGCCAACAUGGCCAUCCCCGUGCCCCCGCCCAGCGGCGCCUCUUCCUCCGCCCAGAGCAAGUGGCUCCGCCAGGGCGCCGACCUCUCCUCGCCGAGGAUGCCGCCGCCGCCUCAGGAGCCUACUGAGUUGCCUGCGACGCCGGUGUGGAAGCCUCGGCUGACUCCUACCAGGCGUGGAGAUGAUUUGUUCUUGAUUGCUCAGUGA